AUGCAAAUUUUUAGGCAGGCUUUACUCUUCUCAACUGGAGCUAUUAUAGGGUUAGCAACUACAUGGAAUCUUGAUAAAUACAAUCUAUGAUACUUAAAAGAAGUCUUUCGCUUGAACAAUGGAAGAGAAUUUGACUAUCUUUCAAUCCCAUCACCUUACGAUAAAAGUUUAGAAGAAAGAAGAGAGACUUUUAGAGCUUUAAUGGAAAAAAAUGGGGCAAGCCACAGAGUUGUGCAGCUGAUAGGGGAUCUUAAUGUACACAUCUCUGAGUAUAAGAGCCAGAAUCAGGUUGAAGAUAUUGGUUCAAAUCAAGAACUAGAGAUGCUAGAAGUGCUGUUUCGAAAGUAUUAUCCAGAGCUGUUUGAUGAAAAGAGUGGGGCUGAGUUUGUGGCUUCAUUGAAAUUGAAGCUUCACUGUGAUGAUCAUCUUGUUCCUAGCUCCCUUUAAGGAGUAAACAAGAAUUUUUUACUCUUAUUAAAUAAGGGUUGUAUUAAAAUUAUUUCCUUGAUAGUUUUUAGAUUUAUAAUGUUUGAAAAGAAAAAUUCUGAUUUUAUUUAUUUACUUUAUUUCGACGCUGAUUUUUCACUAUUUUUCUUUUUAACUACAUUACUAAUUUCAAUAAAAAUUUUACUCUAAUAGCAUCGUAAACUGAGCAGUCAUUCAGAAGAUGAAUUUCAUCAUCUUUCAUUCACCCACAUUUUCCACAUAUAAUAUCAUAAUUUAAAUCAUAAAGAAUACAAGCUGGAUUUUUUCUUUAUAAAGCCAUUAAUUGAAGUCGUGACUUAAAAAUACAUCGUUUUAGUUUUCAAAAACAUUGAUUUUAUUGCUAAUCAUAAAGGGAGUAAGCUUUUAAAAGUUCCUAAUUAA